CUUGGAGCCGCCGCAGCCGCUGCCGCUGCCGCCUCCCACAGAUCCUUGCCUUGCGCCUGGUGCUGCUGGGACGAUGCGGCCGGGGCCCGGAGGCUGCUGCUGCCGCCGCCCGGUGCGGGCGAACGGCUGCGUGGCGAACGGGGAAGUGCGGAACGGGUACGUGAGGAGCAGCGCCGCUGUCGCCGCCGCCGCUGCCGCCGCCGGCCAGAUCCACCAUGUUACACAAAAUGGAGGACUAUACAAAAGACCAUUUAAUGAAGCUUUCGAAGAGACACCCAUGCUGGUUGCGGUGCUCACUUAUGUGGGCUAUGGAGUACUCACUCUCUUUGGAUAUCUUCGAGAUUUCUUGAGACAUUGGAGAAUUGAAAAAUGUCAUCAUGCAACAGAAAGAGAAGAACAAAAGGACUUUGUGUCAUUGUAUCAGGAUUUCGAAAACUUUUAUACAAGGAAUCUUUACAUGAGGAUCAGAGAUAACUGGAAUCGGCCAAUCUGCAGUGUGCCUGGAGCCAAGGUGGACAUCAUGGAGAGACAAUCUCAUGAUUAUAACUGGUCAUUCAAGUAUACAGGGAAUAUAAUCAAAGGUGUUAUAAACAUGGGUUCCUACAACUAUCUUGGAUUUGCCCGGAAUACUGGAUCAUGUCAAGAAGCAGCUGCCAAAGUUCUAGAGGAGUACGGAGUUGGAGUGUGCAGCACUCGGCAGGAAAUCGGAAACCUGGACAAACAUGAAGAACUAGAGAAACUUGUAGCAAGAUUCUUGGGAGUGGAAGCUGCUAUGACAUAUGGCAUGGGAUUUGCAACAAACUCGAUGAACAUUCCUGCUCUUGUUGGCAAAGGUUGCCUGAUUCUGAGUGAUGAGCUGAACCAUGCAUCACUGGUUCUGGGAGCCAGACUGUCGGGAGCAACCAUUCGGAUCUUCAAACACAACAAUAUGCAAAGCCUGGAGAAGCUAUUGAAAGAUGCCAUUGUUUAUGGUCAGCCCCGGACCCGAAGGCCCUGGAAGAAAAUUUUAAUCCUAGUGGAAGGAAUUUAUAGCAUGGAGGGAUCGAUUGUUCGCCUUCCUGAAGUGAUUGCUCUCAAGAAGAAAUACAAAGCGUACUUGUAUCUCGACGAGGCGCACAGCAUCGGGGCCCUGGGCCCCACCGGUCGAGGUGUGGUGGAGUACUUUGGUCUGGAUCCGGAGGAUGUGGACGUUAUGAUGGGGACGUUCACAAAGAGCUUUGGUGCUUCUGGAGGCUACAUCGGAGGCAAGAAGGAGCUGAUCGACUACCUGCGCACACAUUCGCACAGCGCAGUAUACGCCACGUCCCUGUCGCCGCCUGUGGUGGAGCAGAUCAUCACCUCCAUGAAGUGUAUCAUGGGCCAGGACGGCACGAGCCUUGGCAAAGAGUGUGUCCAGCAGUUAGCUGAAAACACCAGGUACUUCAGGAGACGCCUGAAGGAGAUGGGCUUCAUCAUCUACGGAAAUGAAGACUCUCCAGUGGUGCCUCUGAUGCUCUACAUGCCAGCCAAAAUAGGCGCCUUUGGACGGGAGAUGCUGAAGCGGAACAUCGGUGUAGUUGUGGUGGGAUUUCCUGCUACUCCGAUUAUAGAGUCGAGAGCCAGGUUUUGUCUAUCAGCAGCUCAUACCAAAGAAAUACUAGAUACUGCGUUAAAGGAGAUAGAUGAAGUUGGGGACCUGUUGCAGUUGAAGUAUUCCCGCCACCGGCUGGUACCUCUACUGGACAGGCCCUUUGAUGAGACGACCUACGAAGAGUCGGAAGACUGAGCCUUUUUGGUGCUCCCUCCGAGGAACUCUGCCUCGCCCAGGACAGUGUGUGGCCUCUCUGAGCCAGCUCCAGGAACCACACUUCCAUGGCCACCUCAUGUGAAAGACAUUGCCUCACCUGCUGACGGUGGCUGCCUCCACUCCAAAUGGCAUUUUGUAAAUAGUAAAAAACUGCUUCCUAUCCUUCCUUCGCUAAACCUCACCUUUCAAAAAUGAGGUGACUCACUUUGCUCUUCUGUCCAUUAAAAAAUGUUUUAUUUUCUAACUAUUCUACUUGUGAAAUCACACUGACCCUAGCCACUGCCCUCUGCAGCCCCUGUGGGCUUGGGCCCACAGAGAGCUCCUGCAGGCCCUGGUCCUGCAGCCUCAACGCACACCUGGCCCUCCUCCCUAGGGAGCAAGUGCCUUCCACUUACUUCCCAUCCAGGCCUCUGAGGUUACGAACUUGGGCAUCUUGGUUUAACCAGUCAAGUCAUCAACCAAAGUAUUCUCCAUUUUAGUCCUAAGUUUAGCCCUUUAAGAAAAACAGUAAAUAACAAUGCUGAAAGACUCAUUAUGUAAUUUCCCCAGGCUUUGGUCUUGCUCCAGCAGAUAAUUUCUUCCUUCCCCAUCAAGUACUCCGGGUGGAGGGUGUGUCCAGAUUUGGGGUUCUGCUCAGGCUGUAGCCCAGUACUUUGACCCCCUGUUUCAGGCAUCGUGUUAAAAGCACUCGUGUUCCACUGUGGCAGGCGCUGUACUGCAGGUGCCCCACAUCUCUGUACAAAGCUGCCAUGAGGAGUGACACACGCUCCUUGGCGAGGUGAAGGGCGGGGCAGUGUGGGGAGAACCGAUCACUUGUAGAAGGUCUGUGCUUAGGAUUUCUUACUGCUCUCUCCAUUGCAAAACAGUGACUGCCUCCUGCUGGUUCUGGGUCCAAAUGAGGAUUUAAGCUGAUAAAAGAAAAUGUCGGUAAAUCCUCUGCUCAUAAGUAAUUUAUCAUGUUCCUGUUUAAGGAUUACAAUGAUUAACUUAGCCCUUUCGGAAGCUGAUCCACUUAUGUGUUGGCCUUCUGGAUGCUGGUUCUCUUAUUCUUGAUGUCCAAAGACAGUUUUAACCUGCAUCUGUGGCUAGGUUCUUUCUGUGUUUCUGGGUCUGUGUUUUUUUUUCCCUCUGAGGAAUUCUGAACAUUUAUCUCUGCUCAGCUGGGAGAGCCCAUGUUUCGGCUCUGUUUUCAUGCUGUACCCAGGCCAGGGGACUCCUUUCGGAAAGCUUUAUACUGCUUGACCAAAGAACACAUCUGAAAAUCACCACUUUGAGGUUCUUACUUUUUCUGUUGACCAAAGCUUAAGUGAUCAGGAGAACUUCUGGCUUUCUUGUACCCUAGAUCCGCUUGUGUUUUAGUGGCCAAGUAUUGGAGGAGAUGGUUUGGGAGGAUAACAGAAAGCAGUGUGUGAAAGUCAUUUUCUGCGUCUGUGUUUUGGAGCCUGCCCCUUUCGUUGCUGAAGAUUCCCAAUGCAGGUUCUUCCAGGUGUGCUGUCCUCUUGCCGUGUGCCCACGCAGACACCCGUGAGGAAGGAUGCCGGCAGUGUUAGUGACUGUCGGUGAGGUUCUGCUUUCAUGUCUUGCACAUAAGUUAUCUCUUCGACACUCUCGGCAUCUGAGAGCUUUAAGCCUUUGAGAUGGUCAGAUUUUGUUUUGCUUUUCAAAGAACAGGAAGAACCAAGGAGAGACACAGGGACUAUAUUUAGUAUGUACCAGUUAAAAUAAUAAUAAUUUUAAAAAGACAGUGGUGACUAAAUAGCCCUAUAAGAUCAAAUGCAUUGCUAACCUUUUCCACAAAUCUAAUUUCCCACUGUAGAAUCCCACUGAAAUAUCAGAUUGCUUUUGCACUGCAGUCACUGCCUACGGUGUAGGUAUAAGGUUUGCAGAAGUCACAAACUUUAAGCAAUGAACUUGCCUUCUUAUUUUGGCUUGCAUGAAGUCACUGCAAAUUAAAAUGUCAGUAUGGGCAUUUAAAAUGUAUAUGAAUCACUUUGUUGGUGGAAUUAAGUUACUAGUUUGUUUUGAAGAGACAAAACUGUGACCUAUCCGGGACCUCUGUACUUUCUAGGGAACAAUGUUUUUUUUUUUUCUUAAAAUGAAUUUUUAUUUAUUUGAAAGGCAGAGUGACAGUUGGUUCAUUCCCCAGAUGGCCACAACAGCCAGGGCUUGGCCAGGCUGAAGCCAGGAGCCCAGAACCCCAUCUGGAUCUCUCACGUGGGUACAGGGGCCUAGGCACAUUAGCAGGGAGCUGGAUCAGAACGAGCACCCAGGACUCAGAUUGUUGCUCCCAUAUAGGAUGCUGGAUGCUGGUAUCCCAGGCAGCAGUGUAACCUGCUGUGCCACAUGCCAGCCCCUAGAAGACAAAAUUUUGUUUGUAUUAUGUAUGCAUGGUUGUUUGUCUCUUCAUGACACUGUAAUAUAAAUCUGGGGUCCAGUCAUAUCAUAGGUACCAUUGUCUAAGUUCUUGAAGAAAUACAAAUGUAUAUAAAUGCAAUCACUGGGAAUGAAUACAAAUCUAGGACAUACAAGGAUUAUUUAGUACACAGUGUCACAUGGCCUGAGAUUCAAGAAUCUGCUAGAAUUCAAACAGGUGUCAGUUAACCAUUACUCCCAGAGCUGAUCAUAGGAGUUAAUCAAUAGAAGUUGACUGAUCUUACCCCUUCCCCUCAUCCUUUUUUUUUUUUUUUUUUUUUUUUAGUUUGCAUUGCCUUUGUCCAUUUCAGGUUCAUGUGACCUCUUUGAGCAAAUCCCAUCAGAAGCCAGGACAUUUAUGGCCAGGGGACAUGAAAAUCUCACAGAAUCACAUCAAGUGGCAGCUUCUCCUAUCUUUAUUUUAACCUAGUAGGGUCAAAGACUCUAGGGUACUCUCUUAACUUUGCUUUGCUUUGGAAUAAAAAAAAAUUCUUAGAAAAUGAUUUUUGGCAUUGUCUUAACAUCUGGUGCUAGGCUGUGGAUUUCAGAUGGUCUUAACGAGCUGCCUCCUGUAUAGUAACUCCAGAAGGUGAACAGAGUCCUCCUGACAACCUGUAAGGCCUGCACGUUUGCCUCAGCCCCCUGCAGAGACCAAGGGAUGGUCCAGCGUCCCUCUGCUUUGUCUCUGGAGUCCCUCCCUGCUUGACCCCCUUCUCUCUGUACCCUCCAGUUCUUGAUUUGCCGAAUUCCAGCUCCAGAGACGACUGAGCUGUGGUGGCCCAGGGCCGUGAGGAUCAGUAGGUCAGCCCCGUGGCUCUGCGUGUGCAUCAGCCUGACAUUUUGGGAAGAAGCAGGACAUGACGACUUCCCCACCUGUGGAGCCUCUGGGUUUCUCAAGGUGUAGCUGAAUUUUCUAGUGUAUGAGACUAUUUGCUUCCUUCCUAAUAGUGAAAGCCAGGAGAUUUUACAUGGAGAGAUGUUGUGGUUUCUCAAAGAAGGGAAAGACCGUGACAACAUCUACCAGCACCUCCUUGUUUUUCCUUCUUUUCCAAAUGUAUGAAAAUCUCUGGUCUCCACUGCUGCUGGGUUGGGUAAUGCUACAUGCAGGGAAGGGAAAAGAAUCUAGGUGAUUCUUAUUUUGUAGGAAGUAGUAGCCGUGUGGCAAAACCACCUGAACAAGGUUAAGUACAGUUGUACUCUUGUAUAACAAAAUUCCUGGAACCUGAUUCCCAGGGUGUCCUUGCUCUCCUGGGGUUCUAGGUAAGGCAAAAUGGCUGCUGUAACUGUGUGGAUAGACAAAAAGGGAGAGUAGUGGUUUCCCUUUUCUGUCUAUACUCAUGAAGAAUCCACACAGGUAAACUCUGCUUAGCCCAAAGCAAUUGUGAGAAAGGAGGUCUGAGAAUCUAGGAUUGUUUUUGGCUGCUGAGCCCAGAAGCAAUAGAUGUUUUUUUUCCUGCAGCAGGCCCAGAACCUAUGGAUGUGCGUUGCCUCCCUAAGAUGGAAGUUCAGUGCCCAGCAGGCAUCUUUUUUUUUUUUUUUUAAUUUUUUGACAGGCAGAGUGGACAGUGAGAGAGAGAGACAGAGAGAAAGGUCUUCCUUUUGCUGUUGGUUCACCCUCCAAUGGCCACCGCAGCUGGCACGCUGCGGCCGGCGCACCGCGCUGAUCCGAUGGCAGGAGCCAGGUGCUUCUCCUGGUCUCCCAUGGGGUGCAGGGCCCAAGCACUUGGGCCAUCCUCCACUGCACUCCCGGGCCACAGCAGAGAGCUGGCCUGGAAGAGGGGCAACCGGGAUAGAAUCGGGCGCCCCGACCGGGACUAGAACCCAGUGUGCCGGCGCAGCAAGGCGGAGGAUUAGCCUAGUGAGCCACGGCGCCGGCCCAUCAGGCAUCUUAAUCCAUCAAGCCAGUUAAUCCAAAUACCUCCACGUGGAGAAGUGCACGCCCCUUUCUCUCCUUGGUGUUAGCCACAUGAAAUGUGAGCGUGGGCUCCUAGCCCACGGCUGUGUGUCCAGCCAGGUGCCCAGCUGGAGGCCUGGCUUCCCCCCUUAUGACACAGAAGUGAACGCUGUGAGUUGCCAGCUAUUGCCUUGCUUUACUAGUGUAGAAAUCGCUGCUGUUCUUCUGUCAUUGCCGGUGACUUCGGUUUUCCCAGCUCCUUCUCCUAUCGAUUGUUUUCCAGGGAGGAAACCAAAGGGCCUCACGGGCCCCUAGAGCAAAUGUUCUUCUCAUCUUUGGUGAGUCUGGAGCUGUCGCAUUCGCAAUCCACUCUUGACAGUGGCUUGGUUGGGGGAACUGUGGGCAAGGUUCUGUUUACUGCAUAGUACGCGGGACAAAUGGCCUUAAACUGCUUCUUUCUGGAAUGAUGAGUUAUAAUUUACGGACCUGAAAGAAUGCACUGGCACUUAACCUGUAGUUAUUGUGUUCUAAUGAAGCAAUACCCAAAGCCCGGUUCUUUGGAGCAGUAGUGGGCAGGUGAAUGAAAAGCAUAGGCAAGAGUGGUACCCUGGUGCCGUGCUGUCUGCCCAGAUGAACGAAUCCCUCUGUGCGUGAGGAGUCUCGAACCAACUCCGAGUUGGCUUUUGCAACAUGAUUCGCAGGUUCUCCUGCAAGCUUGCUAAGAGGGUAGGGGACUGACUAGGGUGGAGCGGCAACUUGUCUUCACCCUCAACAUCAGGCCUUGUUACCUCAGUGACGUUAAGCCAAUGGUUGGAAUUACAACAAGCAUCCUCGGCGGUUCUUCCCAGGACACUGGGAAUGGCUGUGCAGGCAGCCGACAGCCCCCUGGCUUGAUGUACCCUCUCUGUAAAGGCAGCUAAUGUUAGAGAAGGGGGAACUCAGAGAACCCUAGCUUAUGGGAGUGCUGAGAUACUUCGCUGGCCCAUUUUUCCCCCACAAACCAAGUUAUCUGUAAACUGGAAUUUGCAAGAGGUGCUAUGACAAUAACUCUUUCCGUUGCUGUAAUGUCCAUAUGAUCUGAGAAAGUGAGAGAAGGAGAAGUGUAAAUAAAAAUUUAUAAAUUUGAGUAAUGUGUUCAAAUGUUCCUUUCUCCCUACCCCUGCCUCCCCUUUUUGCCAGGUGAUGACUUUAUUAUUAUUUUUUUAAUUUUUUACGUUACUGGAUGACUGUGAAGCUAUAAAUACUGGGUUGGGUGUGGAUGUUUACAUUUUGAGAGUGCAUGUGUAAGAACUGAAGGGAACUAUUUGAGAUGACUUUUAAGAAUCAUCCCAUGCAAAUAUAUUCUUUUUUGCCCUAAUAAAAUAUUAAGAAAGAUA